AUGUCUUCACUGGAAGAGAGAGACGGGGGCGUUGUGGCCGCUCCUGGCUCCUCCUCAGCCGGUAUGGGGGUCGGGGCCGUGGGGGCAGCGGUGGAGGCUGUCGCCGGGGUCGCAGCCAUGCAGGAGGAGGUCGGGAUACGACGAGAAGGGCCCGAGCCUGACCCAGACGAGCCACCCAAGAAGAGGGCAAGAUUGCCCGAGGGAGAGUCAGGAAAGCUGGAGGAGAGACUGUACUCAGUGCUGUGCUGCACCGUGUGCCUAGACUUGCCCAAGGCUUCUGUAUACCAGUGUACAAAUGGACACCUGAUGUGUGCAGGCUGUUUUAUCCACCUCCUGGCUGAUUCUCGUCUCAAGGAGGAACAGGCCACGUGUCCCAACUGCAGGUGUGAGAUCAGCAAGAACUUGUGCUGCAGGAACCUUGCAGUGGAGAAGGCUGUCAGUGAGCUGCCGACAGAAUGUACCUUCUGCCUAAAACAGUUCCCCCGCUCCAGCUUAGAGAGACACCAGAAAGAGGAGUGUCAAGACAGGGUGACACAGUGUAAGUACAAGAGGAUUGGCUGCCCUUGGCAAGGUCCGUUCCAUGAGCUGCCAGCACAUGAGAGCGAGUGCUCCCAUCCCACUAAGACUGGUACAGAGCUGAUGGGAAUACUGGGAGAGAUGGACCAGAACCACCGCAGAGACAUGCAGCUCUAUAACAGCAUCUUCAGCCUGCUCUGCUACGAAAAGAUUGGGUUUACAGAAGUACAGUUCAGGCCGUACCGCACUGAUGACUUCAUCACUCGUCUGUACUAUGAAACACCGCGCUUCACUGUUCUCAACCAGACGUGGGUGCUGAAGGCCCGUGUUAACGACUCUGAACGCAACCCCAACCUGUCCUGCAAGCGCACCCUCUCCUUCCAGCUCAUCCUCAAAAGCAAGGUGAACUCUGCCCUGGAGUGCUCCUUUCUGCUGCUGAAGGGGCCGUAUGACGACGUGCGGAUCAAGCCAGUCAUCCACCACCACUCCUUCUGCAACGACGCCAACGAGACCGACUACGUCCCUCUCCCCAUCUCCGAUUCGGUGGAGUGCAACAAACUGCUGGCCGCCAAAAACAUCAACCUGCGCCUGUUCAUCUUCCAAGUCCAAAAAUAAAGAGUGAGGGAAGAGGAGGAGGAGGAGGAGGAAGAAGGAAGAAUGGUGAUGGAGGGCGAGGGGCUGAGAGAGAGGAGUGAUGAAGAUUAAAGAAAGACACCACUGAACCACUGAUACCUCUUAACGCACACACACACACUCACACACAUUCACGCAGGGUACACACGCCUCCACACACACACACAUACACACACACACACACACACACACACACACACACACACACACACACCACUAAUUACACUUACCUCCUUUUACAAGAUAGUGAGACCCCUUGCUUCGGGGAGCUGUGAGUUGCUAUGGAGAUGGGUGGGCGUUGCCAUAGGAUGGAGGGGUGGGGUGAAACAUGCGAAGACACAGGCGAGGGUGUUUGGGUGAGGAAGGGGCUUCUGGGAUGGUUGGUGUGUACGGUACCUGUGGAGGCUCUCUGAGGUUAGGUUGUGUCUGACCCGUCACCCCUGACACCUGCAGCCAAAGCUGGCACACACACCAUAGCAGGAUUUGUUGUGUGCAUUUGUUGUGUGUGUUUGUGUGUGUGUGAGACUGAGAGAGAAAGAGAGUUAGGUGACCCUCGAGUGUGGCCCAUACUCUGCUUUUAUGAUGAAAUGUCACAAAGACGUGAUAAUGUGAAAAUAGAGUGAUUGACUCUACUAAGCUGUUCUUUGGACAUGUGACUGGAUGUGGAGGGUGUGUGUUUUUGUGUUUGUGUGUGAGAGAGAGAGAGAGAGAGAGAGAGCGAGUGUGUGUUUGUCCCUUCCCUCUACACACUUUAUGCCUGAGUCUAGUCUAUGAUUUCUUUCUGUUUUGGCAAAAGUGUCCCUCUUGCGUCUCAAGCUUUGCCAGAACAGACAAAAGAUGGCGUUCCCCAUCAGUGACCCCCCUUUUACCUUUCACCAAGAGGAGAGAUGGCCUGGCUGCAUGCAUAUUUUAGUUUAUUCUUCUACUUCUUCCUCUCGCUGUGGUUAUAUUUAACCUUCAACACUAAUACCAUUUUUAUUUCUCUUAACCCUAAAUAUUUAAGUACCUGUGAACUUUUUUCUUUUUCUUUUGGGUUUUAGCGUGUGACUGGCUGCCAGUAUGUGUGCGUGAGUGUGUGUAAACAGAUCAUAAUAGUGAGAAUCCUGUCCCUUAUUAUUAAACAGUACAAUCCUUGAGGACAUGGCUGGAUUAGCAACAGACCGUCAGGGGCCCUCAAAGCCCCAGGUUCACUGCGUGUCAGCUGCCUUUUGGUAAUUUGAUUAUUUGCAAACUUAUUUGCUGGUCCUGCAUAACUUCUAACAUUCUUGAUUUUAAAGUAGUAGUUAGAGCUAGAUCUUUAUAUCCACGUAUUAGUGGAUGUUAACUUAUCGUAGCGAUAUCAGUAUCAGUAUAUAUGUCGGCUGAUAAGUUACAAGAAAUUGCAGUACAGAAACUGUCACCAAGUUUGUUCACCAGAGAGCACUGACACGUUUAUUUUUCAACUGUAAAAUGUCCCGCUCAGUGUGUGUCAUGGUCACAAUCCUUAAAAAAAAAAACAAAUCUAGGGCAUCUGAAACAAGAUUGUUUGUUUGUUUGUUUGUUUGUUUAUUUAUGUUACGUGUUAAAAUAAAUAACUAUGAAACUUUUAGAACUCCCAAAUACCUUUUAUCGUUACCAGCUUCAAAUAUCCAGUAUCAGUCAGGCUAUAAUCACUGGAUAUGUAAUUUCCUGCCAUCAUGGAAGAAGUUAGAAAUAAACGUUUUAAGUUUUCUUUUAUCAAAUUACCACAAACCAACUGACCUACAGAAAACCUGGGCCGGGUUGUUCUCCGGUAUAAGAGUACUGGUUGGAUUUUGGGCCAAAAUCUAAGGAAGAUGCCAUCAACAGUGGGACGUGUGGACGAGCCAACAACCCAAACUGUGAGCGCAGAGUCUCAGAGCGAUCUGGACUGCUGCACACGCUCAGAGCUGAACGGCCUCCUGGAAAACAUUUCUGGAAGAUCAGACUUUGGGUGGUAUAGGAUGGUGUGUGUGUGGCAGGGGUGGGAAGGGGGCGGGGGGUGUUUACCUUUACCACGUGACAUAUUAGUGUUAGUCUUACUUGAACGAGAAUGAGAAGAUGUUACUUAAGUAGAUUCUACUGUAAAGCAGAUAGAUCUCUCUCCUCCUGACCUCUACUUCCUGUAUUUCUGUGUUUUAAUGCUUCGUCUCUAUGCCAGUGGACUCACUCAUCUCACUAUGGCUGUACAUGUGCCUUUUAUUAAAGAUCAUGGAACCUGCA